AUCAUAUCGCUCUCAUCCUCACAGUUGUUACGUGUUUAAGUAGAUUUCGGAGCAAAACUCGGGCACCAAGAACAGAUUGCAGGUCAACCUCAGGUUGACAGCCCAAUCAAGAAAAAGAAAAAGAGAAGAUCUUGAAAGGACAGGAAUUUUAGCUCCAAAAAAAAAACGGGAAAAAAUCAAGAAAACAAUUCGGCACUCUAAAACAAAAAGACACAGUCUUUGGUUUAUCCUGUGGUUCCUCCCGUCACUUUUGCUUUCCUGCCAAAUCUAUUAUUCGUUCUCUUCUGUUAGGAUUAUCCAACGCCCAUUCCAGGAAAAAUCAAGGGAGCGAGUGAAGACGCCCGGUUUCAUCAAAUCAAUCAAAUUAAUUGCACAGGAGUGGGCACCUUUUUUUUCUUAUUCUUGGUAUUGGAGCCUGAUGAUUAUUUGUUGACAAUUUGUUUGUUGUUUCCUGCCAAUGUAACAGCGCAUCUGUUUGUCAAAUCUUCCCCAGCCGAGACAGACAUGCUCUUCGUUUAUUGUGUUUGAUUCUUUGUUCAUAACCGCUGGGUGAGGAGAGGGUGUUUGUUGAAAUGCUUGGGGGUUUUGUUCUGAAGCUCUCAUUGGGUGAUAAGAAAAUGAAGAUUGAUCUGGGUUAAGAACACAAACAAAACAAAAAUAGGAAAGGGGAAGAGAGGGUGGUUAGAAAUAGGAAAGAGAGUAGAGGAGCUUGGGCGGGGCGGAGAGAAUGAGCAAAGAAUUCAGUGGCAUUGUGAAGGCCUGGGAAUUGACGUUAAGGAAAUCACAAGCAGCAGCAAAGAAAAGGGCAAACGGCAUUUUUUCCACAAUGUCGGUGGCCCAUGUGGACGAUGACCUUGAUGCUCCUGGGGAAGUCUACCAUGUUGAGAAAAUCUUCUCACAUGGAGAUAUGUACACAGGACAGUGGUCUGAGAACUGCCCUAACGGACACGGAAAGUACUUGUGGUCGGACGGGUGCAUGUACGUUGGGGAUUGGGUCAGCGGGAAGACGACGGGCAGGGGAAAGUUCAGCUGGCCGUCUGGAGCCACAUAUGAGGGCCAAUUCAAGAAUGGGUACAUGGACGGAGAGGGCCUCUUCACUGGCUGUUCCAAUGACACCUACAAAGGAUCAUGGGUUUUCAACAUGAAACAUGGCAGGGGCUCAAGGAAUUAUGCCAAUGGGGAUUAUUAUGGUGGAGAAUGGCGCCGGGGGGUGCCUGAUGGGCAGGGAAGGUACCAAUGGAGCAAUGGGAACCAGUACAUCGGGCAAUGGAAGAAUGGGAAGAUGAACGGGCAAGGGACAAUGAUGUGGGCAAACGGGAAUAAAUACGAUGGGUGUUGGGAAGAAGGAGAGCCUAAAGGGAAUGGAACCUUUCGGUGGGAGGACGGAAGUUUCUAUGUGGGUGUCUGGAGUAAGGACCCCACGGAACAGGCGGGAACGUUUUACACUCCAGACUCACAAACCGCCACUCCUCCUGAUUGGGACCCUCAACAAUUGUAUUCAGCUCUCAUGGAGGAGUGUACUGUUAGUUCUGGGGAAGAGAUAUGUGGGUGUCCUUCAGAAAAGAUGAUAAGCUGGCCUUGUGAAGGGGAGUUCCUGCAGAAACAGCACAUUGGCAAGGUUCAUAAGACUAAGUCGAAGCCUAGACGGAGGUCUGUGGAUGGGAGGCUCAGUGACGGAGAGGGAAUUAGUUUGGACACUGACACUGAUGCGCGCUCUGAUAUAUUUAAUGGACAUUUUGGAUCACAGAGAAGCGAAGGGCUUGAAAGUUAUGAUUCAGAUGCUUCUAGAGGAUUCAGAAGCCAUUGCAUCAAAAUCCAACCAGCAAAGACUCAAGGAGACACAAUAUCGAAAGGACAUAAGAAUUAUGAUCUUAUGCUCAACUUGCAGCUUGGAAUAAGACAUUCUGUAGGAAGGCCUGCUCCGGCUACAUCCCUCGAUCUGAGAGCUACUGCUUUUGACCCAAGGGAAAAGGUAUGGACUAGAUUUCCUCCAGAAGGAACAAAGCACACACCCCCUCAUCAAUCUUGUGAUUUUAGAUGGAAGGAUUACUGCCCACUGGUUUUCAGGACAUUAAGAAAGUUGUUUAAGGUGGAUCCAGCAGAUUACAUGAUAUCCAUAUGUGGCAAUGAUGCUCUACGAGAGCUAUCUUCCCCUGGGAAAAGUGGAAGCUUUUUUUACUUGACGAAUGACGACAAGUACAUGAUAAAGACCAUGAAGAAAUCAGAAGUAAAAGUGUUCAUACGAAUGCUUCCUGCUUACUACAAUCAUGUUCGCGCCUUUGAGAAUACUUUAGUUACCAAGUUUUUUGGCCUUCACUGUGUGAAGAUGACUGGGUCUGCGCAAAAGAAGGUACGGUUUGUUAUCAUGGGGAAUCUGUUCUGUAGUGACUAUGCCAUUCACAGACGCUAUGACCUAAAAGGUUCUUCCCUUGGCCGCUUGACUGAUAAACCUGAAUCUGAAAUUGAUUCUACCACCACUCUCAAGGAUCUGGAUCUCAAUUUUGUAUUCCGGCUGCCUAAAGUUUGGUAUGAAGAGUUCUGCAGGCAAGUGGACCAUGAUUGUGAUUUCCUUGAACAAGAGAGAAUUAUGGAUUACAGUCUUUUGGUUGGUGUACAUUUUAAGGAAAUUUCAAAUUCUGGAGAACCCAUCUCUGCCGAUGUUCAUAGUUCUAGAGUGGAAACACAUGGAGAAAGUGGGGACUUGGAUGGUGAAGGAGCAGCCCCUCAACAUUCUAGUGCAGAAGCAGGUUCUUCCUGGUCCCCACCAGGUAGUUUAGGGAUAAACAUGGCAGCAAAGGCGGAAUUAACGAUGAGAAGUGAUGAGGUGCUAGUUGGAGAACCAACAGGACAGUACUAUGAUGUCAUUCUUUUCUUUGGUAUAAUAGAUAUCCUACAAGACUAUGACAUCAGCAAGAAGCUUGAGCAUGCUUACAAGUCUUUCCAAUACGACCCCACCUCGAUCUCUGCAGUUGAUCCAAAGCAGUACUCCAAUCGCUUUCGGAAUUUCAUACUCAAGGCUUUUGCAGCUGACACUUGAAAGCAAGAAGAAGCUCUGGCAUAUUUAAAGCCAUAGUUAUGUCAUGUUUAGGUUGAACCUGCUGCUGCAUUUGUACAUGAAAAUAGAAUGGAGUUGAGGUUAGGUUUUUGCUUUGUUUUUGUUUUUGUUUUUACUCUAUAAAUAUACUACUUAUGUAAUUGUAACCCAUUCUUUUGCUCCAGGGGUGAUGAGUCGAUCUUUUCAGGCUUAUCACCAGAAACAACUGUAUAGAAAGCUUAAGUUAAAGAAGAAUUAACACUGAUGAUGUAUUCAAAUUUGAGUAAGAUAUAUAAUAUAUGUACAUAAUUUGAGUUGCGGCUCCU